ACUACAUUUCCCAAAAUGCUCACUAAGAGUGACAAUUAUUACGUCAUCAAAAUGCGCCGUUACCCUGGCAACGCUUUUCACCCUUCGGUUAUAGCCAUUUUGCGAGCUUCUCAAGUCCUCAAAGCUCGCAAAAUAUCACAUUUGAUGCCAAAAAUAAGCUCAGACACGCUGUGGGAGCAGGCUGCGGCGGAGGUCCACAGUCUGGAGGCUGCAGGUGAGGAGGAGGUCUGCGAGAGGACCGUGUUCCUGAUGGGGAGCAAGGCGGGGGGUAAAACGUCCAUUCUGCUCAGAUGCCUCGACAGGGAUGAAACAUCCAAGCCAACUCUGGCGCUGGAGUACACUUUUGGCAGACGGGCCCGGGGACACAACACACCCAAAGACAUAGCACACCUCUGGGAGCUGGGAGGGGGGAUCUCUUUGUCAGACCUGGUCCAGAUCCCCAUCACUCCUGUCAGCAUCAGGUCUCUCUCUGUCAUCCUCAUUCUGGACCUGUCUAAACCCAACGCCCUGUGGGGAACCAUGGAAAAGCUGCUGCAGGCAGCACAAGCUCAGUUGGAGAAAGUCUCCUCCCAGGCACAACAAGCACAGAAAGCCAAACCUGGAGCCAAACACCAGACCCCUGUCCACUCAGCAGCACGCGUCUUACCUAAAGACUAUCCUGACAGAGAGCUGAUCAGUCCCUUUCCUGUUCCUCUGCUGAUCAUUGGCAGCAAAUAUGACAUCUUCCAGGAAUUUGACUCUGACAAGAAGAAAGUGGUUAGUAAAACACUGCGUUUCGUUGCCCACUACUACGCAGCCUCUCUUAUUUUCACGAGCAUCAAGUCGGAGAGCCUAAUGUCAAAAACCAAGAGCUUCUUCUCCCACCUGGCUUUUGGUCUGGACAGAGGGAAGAAUGUGUCCUGUGACUCCACCAAGCCUCUCAUCAUUCCAGCUGGCUCUGACUCCUUCAGUCAAAUAGGUUCCCCUCCUGCCAGUGAUGUAGACAUUUCUUCUCUGCAUGCCAAAAACCCAAAAGACCUCUGGAGGAAAGUCUACGAGCGUGUCUUCCCCCAAGAGAAUACCAGUGAGCAGAGGGAACUAAAGGAUCCAGCCAAAGACCAACAGUACAGUGAGCCUCAGAUUGAUGCCAUGAGAGCCCAGAAAGACCAGGAGUUGGAGCAGUAUAAGAGGAACGCAGCUAAGUCGUGGAAAGGACUGGAGCUGGAGACAUGAAAGAUAAUCGGCUUCAUGGUCACACACACAUAACACCACAUAUCAUAUUAAUGUAAAUACAUUAUACACUUUGCUUUAUUUAUUUCAUUUUGUGUCUAUUUUAAACAUAACAAAACUACUUGUAUACUUAUGAUACAAAUGUGUUUUAAAAAAUAAACAAUUUUACAUUAUUAGAAUAA